AUGAGGACAGCAACAGGAGCUCUUCUGCCUGACCUCACAUUACAGAUCAGUCCGCCGGCGCUCUCCGCAUCUGAAACAUGGAAUGACGGCGGCUACAACGGAUUUAUGAGGGCAGAGAUGGUAGGAGAGAGGAAUUCGGCGAUCAGUUCGGGAGGCGGCCUCAUCAGCAGCCACCUCGGGGGUUUCCUGCACCACGACCAUCUUCAGCACCAGCAUCAACUCCAUCACUACUUCCUUCACCACCCGCAGAUCAUCGGUAGAGAAUUCAAGCGGAAUUCGAGAUCCACGCUUUCGGGGAAGAGGAACAUUCGAGCUCCGAGGAUGAGAUGGACCAGCGCCCUCCACGCGCACUUUGUUCACGCCGUGGAACUUCUCGGCGGACAUGAGAGUAAGCACCUCGUCGUCCACUGACAUGGAAUCCUGUGGCCAACAUGCUUGGUUACCGGGCAAUCGCUUCAACUAGCCGUCAUAUAUACUCUGAUCAAGCUUCUGCACGUCUCUAAUGGUUGCCAGGAGCUACGCCCAAAUCGGUCCUGGAGCUGAUGAACGUGAAGGACCUCACGCUAGCUCAUGUAAAGAGCCAUUUGCAGGUGAGGAGAGCCUCGGAAACCCAAAUUCCCUUCUACUGACGAAACAUUCGUUCAGUUUCCUUGAUGGUUCCACAUCUCUCAAUACAGUAAGCGCAUUCUGAAGGUGAAAUAGAGAAUGCCCUCUCGGAAAUGAUUCCAGAGGAUGAUCUCCCCCUCCUCUCUGCGUUUCUCACUGAUAUUCUUCAUCUGGGUAUUUUCUACGCAGAUGUACAGAACAGUCAAGAGCACAGACAGAGGAACUGGUAAUAAGAUCUCUCCAUCGCUUCUCUCAUUUUCUGAUCUAAACGUUUUGCGACGGAGACCUAUUCAUCUUGAUGACACUCAAUAAAAUCGACGAGCAGACGAGGUUUUGCAACGAGGAACAGCUAUCGUGGGGGAUGCGGAAUAUGGACAAUCCCAUGGGGGAACCCCGUUCAAUCUCAAUCAGUUCAUCCCGCCGGCGACCUCCUCCAAGAUCUUCCUUCCCAGCCCCGGGUGAGUUUUCCGUCUUGACUUCCCUUACGGCCGUCACCUCCAACACCCACCGUUUUCGACCCAAAUGGCCGCCUACAACAGACAACCCUGUCGUGACGCACGUGCCGAUAAGACUCGCUCACACGCAGACCAGCACGGCCGACCCCGUCAUCGUUCCUCGUGUGGAUCGAUGUUGUCGUCAGAAUGCCGUGCCGUGCCGUGUUUCUGUCAGAUGUUCUCACUUUUUCCUUGCCGCUACUUCUAUGAAUAGUGAUCAUUGAAUAGAUGUGUAUAGGGACGAGAUUUCCAGCUGAACCACAUUCACCUUCCUCACUCUGUCAGAAAGAAUAAGCCCAUCUCUCUCAACUCUACUCUCUCUCUCUCUCUCUCUCUCGCUAUCUAUCUAUCUAUCUCCCCGUUCUCUUACGUUUGUGUCCCGCUUCUAUGCAGAGGGCAAUAUCUCUCAUCGCCGGAGAAGAACGCUUGGACUCAGUGCAGAGACAACGAACCAGACAAAGUGAAUCCACGACAGAACAACAUCGUAAACGGGUACUCAAAGGUAACAACUUUCACCCACUUCACUUCCAGACUCCGUUGAGAUCAUGAUUCUGGAGGACGGAGGAUCUUAUGUUGACUUUUCGUGAUUAUACGCCAACCUUCACUCCAUCUCUCUAAAUCCCUUGAAACUCUACCGUCCUCUUGGAUUGUGGUCAUGGGUAAUAUGGAUGAUGAUGCUAAGAUCUCUUCCACCUCUUUCGCUGAUGCAGAUGGAAGCGUGGCGAGAGACUGUGGAGGAAUCGAGCAGCGGCAGCGAAGGGGUGUAUGGGGGCUCUUCGUCCUCGUCUGAGGUUCUCCCACCGGAGCUCCUUCGAGGGCCACCCAAUCUAGAGAUUACCCUAGGAAGGCAAAGUUGGUAG